AUGUCAGUACCCUCCAUUGCUAUAGAGAAGGCAUUAGAACCUAACUUUCAAGAGCAAGAAUUUGUACAUAGUGUGUAUAAUGAUAUUGCAUCGCAUUUCUCACAAACAAGAUAUAAGCCUUGGCCCAUCGUGGAAGACUUCUUGAAAACUAGGCCUGAUUAUUCCAUAGGGCUAGACGUUGGGUGUGGAAAUGGUAAAUAUCUUGGUGUAAAUGAAAAGCUUUACAUGAUAGGUACCGAUAGGUCGGACGGAUUAAUCACAUGUGGUCAUGAAAUAUCUAAGGGUCAGUACAAUGUAGGUGUUGCAGAUGGAUUGAACUUACCACAUGAAAAUGGGAAAUUUGAUUUUGCCAUUUCCAUUGCAGUUAUACAUCACUUUGCAAACGAAGACAGAAGAAUCGAAGCUAUACGUCACAUAUUAUCAAAAUUAAGGAAAGGUGGUGAAUUAUUGGUGUACUGUUGGGCCCUAGAACAAGAAAACUCGAGAAGAGGUUACAAGGAUGGAGAUGAACAAGAUAUUUUGAUUCCAUGGGUCUUGCAAAAGAAGCAAGAAAAGAAGCCGAAGGUUAAGAAACAGAGAAAGUCAAAAAAGACAGCUAUAGAAAAUCAGCUAGAUUCAUUAGAUUUGAAAGCAACCGAACCCAAGGCGGACGAGAUGGAAGAGACUAAAAUUGAAGAAGAAAAGGUGCAAGAUGAGCAAAAGGCUAAAGAGGAGCAAACGAAGUACAGAUACUAUCACUUAUAUAAAAAAGGUGAGCUUCACGAAAAUGCUAUCAAGGCUGGAGGACUGGUUGUAAGAGAAGGAUACGAGAAAGAUAAUUGGUGGUGUGUAAUAAAAAAUGAGUAG